AUGUUUUAUAGACUGAUUUAUAUUACAAUUCUGAUAAUAGGAUUGAUUGAAUGUGUCUUCGGAAUUAAUUAUGUCGAUGUCAAGAAUUAUAAUAUAUCUCGUGGAGUUAAUGUGUUUCAUGGGAGAUUUGGCACAGAUGACAAAUAUUUUAUGUUUGUUGGUGAUUUGGAACCAAUUACUCAAUUAAGAUUCGGAAAUGAAUUGAUAUUUCCAAAUGAUACAGGUUCAAAUAAUUAUAACCUAUUUGUUGAAAUGUUCAUAAAAAAUAACAUUAAGCUGGUAUCAUUUUAUGUCCACACAUUUCAUAAAGGAUUAUUGAAAGAAGUAAAAAGAAAAGUCAUAAAAUUAUAUUCCGAUACAUACAGUUAUAUAAGUAAUGAAGAAUUUAUGUUCAAUAUCGAUAAACCAAUUUUAGUAUCAAUUGAUAUAGGACCAAGACCCAAACAUCCAUUUAUAACCAGGUUUAUUUCUGAACAUGAUAAAUCUUGUGUGAAAAAGUACUACAUUGUUAAUAAAUACCAUGCUUUUAAAUUUGAUGGAAAAUCAAGCCCACGAUAUAAAUUUGGAUAUGUUUAUGAUUUGGAUCAUCCUGUUGUUGUAGGUUAUACAAAACGUCCAUAUUUGAUUGAAAAGUGUGUGAUGAUAGAAAUUUCCAAAAAUUUUAGAUUUAACUGUUUAUUUCAACUAUUUUAUAAAUAUACCACGAUUAUUCUACACGAUGUAAAUGAACAAAGGUAUGAAUUAAGGCCUAUAUUAGGUAAAAAACACUGGUUUUUAAAAUAUUAUACGGAUGAAAUGAUAUCAAAUGAACUAAAUUUGAAUGCAAUCAAAUUCUACGGAUGUUAUAUAAAUAAUAGAGGAAUUCCUGUGGUUACACUUGACAUAUCAGAGCUUGCUAGUCCCGAAAUAUUUGGAAUUGAAAAAGUUACGGGAACGGUGAAUAAUUGGACAUAUAAAUUGUAUAAAUUGAAGAAAAAGUAUGAAAAUGAUUAUAAAAUCAAAAUGGUACUUGAUUCAAAAAUCAAAAGAAAAAACAUUUAUUGUCAAAGAAACCACUAUAUUAAAUACAAUAUAGAGGUUUACAUAAAUAGUGAAGAGACAUAUGUGUGUAAUCGCUAUAAUCUAAUAUUAGAAAAUGUGAUUGUGAAAGAAUUGAGAAUGUAUAUGAAAAAAACAAAUGAACAAAAAUACAGUUACGUAUAUAUUGAUGAUGGAAUAAUAGUUAAAAUGAUAGACGACUUGCAUCCGAUAAAACUAGAUGUUACAAUAGAUGAAGAACAACCAUCUUUAUUUGAGAAGAAGGAAAUAUCAAACAAAGAAUUGACAAUAUAUCAUUUUUCAAUCAAGGAAACUAAUGAUUUCGGAGAAUCCAUAUUGAAUAAAUAUGUGUUUGGGCGAGUUUAUCAAACAACAAGUUUUCAAUUUGGUAACAUACCACAGGAACCUUUUAGAAAACACAGGGUGAUGAUUGUUGGAGACAUAAAUACGAAUAAAUUUAUAGUAAGGAACAAAUCGACACUUGAUAAUUUGAGCACACCACAAUAUCAGUUGUUCCGACUAAGAAUAUAA